AUGUCAGAGGCCACGGCAUUGGUUUCUAUUCAGCAGUCCCUCAGACGAUGCUUUGACGUUAUAGAAAAGCAGCAUGAGGAAUGGAAACUUGCCAUAACAGAGUGUGAUUCCAUUGUUACUACCUUAAGUAACCUGGCAGAGCAGCUGCAGGCUUGCAAUAAAGUUACUUUUGAAAAGACCCCUUUAAAUGUAUUCAGUGAUCUACAGGAUCGUCUUUACUUUAAACUUGAGGCUGCUAUGGAUCUUACUUUGGAAAAGCUGAAUGAUAAGAUGUGUACACUUCAAAAAGUGAGGGACACUGUAAGUCACCAGGUGGGAUCUGUUCUAUAUGUUUAUGAGAUUAAUAUGGAGAAACUUGGACUUGAUGCUUCUCUCAAGCGUUCAGCUCUUAGUCCUUCUGUAGCUGACAUGUUAGAGUGGCUGCAAGACAUAGAAAAGUAUUAUCGAAAUCAAUAUAUCAAGCGGAAGCUUUUGUUACAGUUAAAACAUAAUCGUUUAUCAGAAAUACAGAAUUUGCCUCGUGUUUGGGGAGAGCUGGAAGACAAAACAGCAGCAAAGCAACAGCUGGUACAAGGUACGGUGAGAAAAGCUCGGCUUGAAAAGAUUUUUAUUUCUGCUUGUUACACCUUCACAUGCUGUGUCAUUCUGAUAACUGAACUUUGUUUGCACUGCCAGUCUGGUGGAUGUGAUGUUCUUUUUUAUAUUCGAAACCAUGAAGCAAAAAUCCUCUCUGAGAUUUCUUUGGUAGAAACUACUCUUCUUGGGUUUCUGGGUCUCAUACUAGUUUUGGGGCAGUGA